GGAUCCUGGUUUCGGUUUCUCACCCCUCCUCUCUUCCUCUGUCCCCUGUCGGUGUUCUCUCCAGGUAUCUGGCUAGAUGGGAUCCUGGUUUCGGUUUCUCACCCCUCCUCUCUUCCUCUGUCCCCUGUCGGUGUUCUCUCCAGGUAUCUGGCUAGAUGGGAUCCUGGUUUCGGUUUCUCACCCCUCCUCUCUUCCUCUGUCCCCUGUCGGUGUUCUCUCCAGGUAUCUGGCUAGAUGGGAUCCUGGUUUCGGUUUCUCACCCCUCCUCUCUUCCUCUGUCCCCUGUCGGUGUUCUCUCCAGGUAUCCGGCCCCAGAUCAUGAACGGGCCGAUGCACCCUCGCCCCUUAGUGGCCCUGCUGGACGGGCGUGACUGCACCGUGGAGAUGCCCAUCCUGAAAGACCUGGCCACCGUCGCCUUCUGUGACGCACAGUCCACACAGGAGAUACACGAGAAGGUGUUGAACGAGGCGGUAGGGGCCAUGAUGUACCACACCAUCACUCUGACCAGAGAGGACCUGGAGAAGUUCAAGGCCCUACGCAUCAUCAUCCGCAUCGGCAGCGGCUACGACAACAUCGACAUCAAGGCAGCCGGAGAGCUGGGCGUAGCAGUGUGUAACAUCCCGUCGGCUUGCGUGGAGGAGACAGCGGACUCCACCAUGUGUCACAUCCUCAACCUUUACCGACGAAACACCUGGUUGUACCAGGCUCUCCGGGAGGGCACGCGGGUCCAGAGCGUGGAGCAGAUCAGAGAGGUGGCGUCUGGAGCGGCUCGCAUCCGUGGGGAGACACUGGGCCUUAUAGGCUUCGGUCGUUCGGGUCAGGCGGUGGCUGUGCGGGCCAAGGUGUUUGGCUUCAGCGUGAUCUUCUACGACCCCUACCUGCAGGACGGCUUGGAGCGUUCCCUGGGCGUCCAGCGCGUCUACACCCUACAAGACCUGCUCUACCAGUCAGACUGCGUGUCUCUGCACUGCAACCUGAACGAACACAAUCACCACCUCAUCAACGACUUCACCAUCAAACAGCUCCAUCAAUGCGUCAGGGGAGCGUUCCUGGUGAAUGCAGCACGGGGAGGGCUGGUGGAUGAGAAGGCCCUGGCUCAGGCCCUGAAGGAGGGGAGGAUACGUGGCGCUGCCCUGGACGUGCACGAGAUAGAACCCUUCAGUUUUGCUACAGGCCCUCUGAAGGAUGCUCCCAACCUGAUCUGUACACCACACACAGCCUGGUACAGUGAACAGGCUUCUCUGGAGAUGAGAGAGGCAGCUGCCACCGAGAUACGAAGAGCCAUCAGCGGCCGCAUCCCUGACAGCCUAAGAAACUGUGUGAAUAAGGAAUUCUUUGUGACCACAGGACCGUGGGCAGUAAUGGACCAGCAAGGUGUCCACCCAGAGCUCAAUGGCACCGCCUACAGGUACCCGCCGGGCAUGAUGGGCAUGGCUCCAGGGGUGAUCCCGGGUGGCUUAGAGGGGAUGGUGCCAGGGGGGGUACCAAUCGCCCAUACCCUGCCCUCUGGUACCCAUCCGUCCCAAGAUUCCACGUGUAACCACAGCAGCCCAGGACGGACACCACAGCAGCCCAGGACACCACAGCAGCCCAGGACACCACAGCAGCCCAGGACGGACACCACAGCAGCCCAGGACCGACACCACAGCAGCCCAGGACACCACAGCAGCCCAGGACGGACACCACAGCAGCCCAGGACACCACAGCAGCCCAGGACACCACAGCAGCCCAGGACGGACACCACAGCAGCCCAGGACACCACAGCAGCCCAGGACACCACAGCAACCCAGGACGGACACCACAGCAGCCCAGGACACCACAGCAGCCCAGGACUGACACCACAGCAGCCCAGGACUGACACCACAGCAGCCCAGGACGGACACCACAGCAGCCCAGGACAGACACCACAGCAGCCCAGGACGGACACCACAGCAGCCCAGGACACCACAGCAGCCCAGGACACCACAGCAGCCCAGGACGGACACCACAGCAGCCCAGGACGGACACCACAGCAGCCCAGGACACCACAGCAGCCCAGGACACCACAGGUGGAUGCUGUGGAUUGA